AUCAACAGUUUCAGAGUCGUCAACACGUCGUCGUCCAUAGUGGCGCGGGAGCUCGCUCGACUUCCCCCUCGGCGACGCUUUAAUCGACGGUUUCUUCGGACUUGUUUGCGGGAAGCGGACGGCUAGCUGCUCCGGUGACAGCCCGCUGUUAGCACAACUUCCGCCAGUGCUGUGACGCGCAGGGUAGGUCCGCGAGGCUUCAAAAUAAAAUACACGAAGAGUACGUAAACAUUUAGAGAAAAACAACUUCAAGUGCUCGUUUUAGGAGGGGUUUAGAGUUAUUGAUAUAUCGUUAUAUUUUUUAUAAUAAUAUAUUCAGGGAGUAAGGUGCAGUCGGAACAGGUGAGUUUUCAGUCUGCGACGGAAGCAUUGUUUCAAAAUAAAAUUGAAUAAAAUAAAAAACAAAAAUUUGUUUGCCUGAACCAUAGACUGUAUAUUUGGUUUUGUAUGGCUGGAUUUUGAGUAAAGGCGUGUUCCAAUAAAAUACAUUAUAAAUAAAAUAUACAAGAUGAUAACCUAUACAAAAUGGAAAGUGUGACAAAACAAUAUAACAAUGUUAUGUGAAGAGAUGAAACUAUUUUUGUGAUGAAACACCAAGGAUUCAAUGUCCAACAAACUGCGCUGAAAAGAGAGAAUUGUUUAAAAAAUUUAAAAAAAAAAAAUAUUGCUUCCAUUGGUAAUGGACAAAUUUUUCUCUUUUUUUUCCAAAUUAAAGUUUUCAAUUGUCUUAACCUGUAAAUGUAUUGACAGAUAAACUCAAUUCAUUUGUCUGUUACUAAUGUAUAUUUUUUUAAAUAAGUAGGUGAACACUGUCUUUUCAGUGUGUGGUAGCUCAGAGUCUUUUUAGUCUGUUGAAAUUAAGAUACAAAUACCCAGAAAUAUGGCUGAGAUUAAAUAAUGAGUGCAACCAUACCCCCUCUAUUUGGGUAUGUAAUAUCAUAUUUGUAAUUAAGAUGGUGAUAUUUAAUAAGACUGAAUUGUCCCAGUUGUUGAUAUGAGAACUCCUCGUCUACAGAAGUGGAUUGGUUGAAUCUAAAAUAAUGGACUGUCAGCCAACUGAUUUAACAUUCUGUUACAUAUUGCUAAUAAAAAGAUGACCGCUGGCCUUUUCUUGAUAUAGCAAAAAUGUGGAUGGAUCUUUAAGAACUCUAUUUUAAAAAUAUGUCUGUAUCAUUUUAAUUUAGGUAAAGUUGAGGUAUUUUAGAGGGGAAGCAACCAUAGACAAUGACUGCCAAUAGGCAGGAAAACCUUUGAAAAGACUAAAUGAAGACCAUCAUUAUAAAGCACAACACAUCUUUGUUCUGUGCCUUUUCUACACUUCAUUAUUCUCCAAGAGCCCUAAACACUAAGGUACUCGACCAUGACAGGAAAUCACCUGGGGGGGAUGAGCAAUUAGAAACCAGUGACUGUACUAACAAGUGUGAUGGGACCAGUAGGCCAUGCUACACCCUCUAUUUACAGGCCUUCUAUUACAGAGAAGGCCGACCCUGUUAUUAUGCAAAUCUAAGCCCACAAAGCAUCUGCAGCCCAAUAAAUACAGUAGGUUGUGAAUGCAGUUCCCUCUUACGUUGGUCUUAAAUUUCUGACGAACGGGAGCAGCAGUAAAAUAACCAAAAAAUAGAAAUACAGCUUGUAACGGGGGGACGUUUAAGUAGCUAUGGCCAAGUGCCGUGCAGAUUUCACAGAGAGACACCUGCAGAUCUGUUUUGGGAAGGUGGGUCGUUUUAUUGGAUCCCAUCCCUGGUGGUUCCUGAUCACCCCCGUCAUUCUUUCAACAGCUCUGGGAAGUGGGUUUUAUUUUCUCCCAGACAGGAUGUCCAACGAUAUCGAAGAACAGUUCACGCCUGCCGAUGGACGAGCCAAGACGGAGAGGAAGUAUGUCCAAGAAACUUUUCCGGGAAAUGAGUCCCUGUUCUCAAGGUUAAGGCUGAGCACAAGCGGGAAUUACGCAACUCUCGUAGCUACAAGUGACGGGAACAUCCUGACUGCAGGGUCACUUCAGGAAAUCCUACACUUGGACUUUAAAAUUAGGAGUAUGUUAGUGCAGUUUCACAACCAGUCAUUUGAAUAUGUGGAUGUUUGUGCUGGCGUGAUGGGAUCCUGCACCUCUAACGAUAUUCUAGAUAUUUUCAAAUACGAUGCCAACAAUAUAGAUGCGGCCAAUUUGACAUACCCAUGGUAUCACUCGGAUUUUAGAAGUAUUCCCCUAUAUUUAAGUGUGGGAAGUGUGAAAUUGGAUGAGGAGAGCUCAGUUGUUGUAAGUGCUCAAGCCAUUCAGCUUCUUUACUAUUUACGCGAGGACAACAAAGCAAAAAACGAUCUGUGGUUGGAAAGUUUCAUAUAUUUGGUCUCGAAUGAAUCAUCAACUUCCGUUCAGGUGUCAUAUUCCACCUCUAUGUCAAUACAGUGGGAAUUUGAGAAAUCCCCGACUUCCGUCAUCUAUUUGUUCUCCGUCACCUACGCCGUUGCCAUCGCAUUUUCAAUUAUAUCAUGCUGGAGGAUGGAUAAUGUACGGACCAAGGUGUGGGUGGCAUCAUGCGGGGUGCUCUCUACAGGUCUGGCAGUCCUGAGUGGUUUCGGAGCACUGUUGUUGCUGGGCCAACCUUUUGUCAUGACGGCUGCCUCCUGUCCAUUCAUGAUACUGGGUAUUGGACUCGAUGAUAUGUUCAUCAUGAUCUCCUGCUGGCAGAGGACCCGCGUCCUGGACAGUGUCCCCAACCGGCUGGCCGACACCUACAGGGACGCUGCCGUCUCCAUCACCGUCACCACUCUGACCGACGCUCUGGCUCUCUUGCUGGGCUACAUUUCACCCUUUGGCUCAGUCCAGUCCUUCUGCCUCUAUGGUGGGAUUUCGGUUUGCUUCUGCUAUUUGUACAACAUCACCUUCCUUGGGGCGUGUAUGGCUUUGAAUGGACAUAGGGAAGAGGAGAACAAGCACUGGUUUACCUGUGCCAAAGUCCCAGAGGACUUACCAGACGGGAAUUCAAAAGCCUUCGGUAUCUGCUGCGCUGGAGGGAGCUACGAUCAGAUCACGGAAAGGGAGGAAACUGAGGCCAUAAGCCAAAUGUUUGAGCAGCACUUUGGUCCAUUUCUGACGCGCAAACUGGUUAAAGCUCAGGUAUUUGUCUUAUAUGUCGCCUAUUUGGUUGUUAGUAUGUAUGGUUGUUGGAUCUUAAAGGAGGGACUUGAUAUCAGGAAUCUGGCGUUGGAUGACUCCUACAUCGUCGAUUACUACAAUACUAAAAGGCAGCACUUCUCUGAAUACAACUACAACGUGAUGGUGGCAGUGACACAACCCUUCCCCUACUGGGACGAGGGAGAGUGGAAGCGGUUGCACUCGUGCAUUUCAGAUUUUGAAAGUUUGAACUAUGUCAACAGCACAUCCGCUUGGUUUCUUUCGUUCCAACAGUAUGCAAAUAUAACCGGUCUCAACAUGAGCUCCCGAGAGGCCUUCCAAGCCCAUUUGCCCAAUUUCUUAGAAAUCGCCCCAAUGUUCAGACAAGACAUCAACUUGACGGCAGACGAUGAGAUUCAGGCCUCGCGCUUUUUCAUUCAAACACUAAACAAGACCACAGCGAAGCACAUGAUGACCGGCCUCAGGGAAACAGCAGAGCGAUGUCCAGUGGAGCUGCUGGUGUACCACCCUGCUUUCGUCUACUUUGACCAGUACACCGCCAUCAUGGGCAACACCAUCCAGACCAUCCUGGUGGCGGCGAUCGCGAUGCUCGUCGUCUCACUCAUCCUGAUGCCGAGUCUCCUCUGCUCGCUGUGGGUGGCGUUUGCGAUUUGCUCGGUCAUCGUCGGGGUGACAGGAUUCAUGGCGCUGUGGGGCGUGAACCUGGACUCCAUUUCCAUGAUCAACCUCGUCAUGAGCAUUGGUUUCUCUGUGGAUUUCUCGGCGCAUAUUUCUUACGCUUUCGUCUCCAGCGCCAAGCGCGACGUCAAUGAGAAAGCCACGGACGCCUUGGCCUAUUUGGGGUAUCCCAUUCUGCAAGGGGCAGCGUCCACUAUCCUAGGGGUGGCAGCGCUGUCUGCGUCCAGGAGUUACAUCUUCAGGACAUUAUUCAAGGUUGUGUUUCUUGUGAUCACAUUCGGGCUGCUCCAUGGCCUGGUGUUUAUCCCAGUGUUCUUGACACUUCUCGGAGUGUCGUUAAACUGGAGAUGUCCCAUUUCACUUUGAAAUUCAAAUUUCUUCCCACGCAAGGAAAUAUAGUCUGAAAUGAUACUAAAAAAUUGUGCGUAGUUACUCUUUCCUCAAAAGAUGAGAAAAAACAUAUUUGCAGAUAUGUUCGCUUCCAACCUUUGGAGGCCAAUUUCUGUGACGUUAAUGCUGCCACUGAAAAAAAUGUUUGCCGUUUCCGCAAAGUCAUAACAACAAACCAAUGAUAAGAUGUUCAAAUAUACCGACUUAUCAUGUUAAACCAAGCAAUGUUUAACCAUGUGUACUUGUUUUAUUUAGCUGUAUAUGAAGCUUAAAAAAGAAAAAUGAUGAGAGAGAAAGAGAAAGGGAUGCAAUUUUGUACAGUUUUGUAUCUGCAGUAAACUGAGCCACUUUCAAGUU